UAUAGACGAGACCUCUUCUCCCUCGCCUCGCGAUAUUUCGCGCCUCCGCUCCGAUCCUUCCGAGUCGGUUUCUCUCCCCUUUUUUUUCCCUUCGCGCCUUUUCUCGACCCGCGAGGGGCGCUCCUCCCUCUCCCCCCGCCCGCGCGUCCCUCGUCCUCUCUCUCCCCCUGUCACGCGCGCGCUCGCCACGUUUCUCUCUCUCUCUCUCUCUCUCUCUCUCCCUGUCACCGCGCGCGAUUUGCUCUCGGCCUUUAUACGUUUCUUCCUCGGCCACUCUCUCUUUCGUUCGCGUUCCGCGCGCGUUCCACUCGCGCUUUCGCCUGGCCCCCGCGAACAAAACACACGGUUUCUAAACUCGCUUCCGCUAUCUUUACCCACUCUACGGCUCUCCGCGCGCGACUUUCCCCGUCUCAUUCACUCUUGCUCCCGCCGCGCAUCGUUACAUACACAACACACACCGACGAUCGUUUACCCCGUGCGCCUGUGUGUGUGUGUGUGUAUGUGCGCGCGUUACGCCUCUCUCUCUCUCUCCUUCUCGCUCUCUCUGCCUCAUACACACUUUUAUAUCUCUCUUUUUAUCUUUUUGCCCGUGAUUCCCGAUCCAGUCGACGUCGACAUAAGCUCGCCGAUCGUCGAUCGACAAACGUCAUCGUCCUCCACGUCGCCGUCAUCAUCGUCGUCGUCGUUGUCGUCGUCGUCCUCAUCGUCGUCAUCGUUCGUCGCCACGACGCAGCCAGCGCAAGCACGCAGUGUGAUACUUAAAUAAGCGAAAUUUAAGUAUACAAAGUUUUAUUAUGUGCGUCGAUACAUCGCGAGAUGCACGCGAGGUGACGUGAUCGACACGCGCGUCGCGACGCUCGAUCCUUGUCGCCCUCGUCCCCCCCCGAGGGGGGGAGAGGGGAGCUCCCUCUCCCUCUGUCACCCUCACGUGCGUGCGUAUCGCAUCGGGAUGCACGCACGCGUUUAAAGACGCGGCGAAAAUUAUCCUUGCGUCUCGCGUUAUUUUCCUUCUUAAUUCCAGAGACCGGGCUAAAAUAAUCGCUCGAAUAGGGGAGGGUGACUCGAGAUUGAACGUCUCGAUUUUUUUUUUUUUUUUACGGUUUUUUGUGCCCGGAAAAUUGCACUUUUCAAUCCGAUCGGUUUCCACGCGCGCACGUGUGAACGCGAGAUCGAGAAGAUGUAGAGAAAUAGAUCGACAUAAACGCUCGAAAACGUGACAGAUAGCACGAUAUAUACUUAUCAGUGGCCAAGGGUACUUGAUAAGAGUGACCUAACGUAUAAUUACGGUAGCUGCUUUUGAUGGGUGACGUCAUUCGUAAGCCGGACGCCGGAGAGUUUCUUUCGUAAUUCAUCGUCGAGCAUUAAUUAACGACGCUAGGUACGUUAUUAAAAUGGCACGUAUAGAGUCUAUCGAGUUCGAUCGAGUGUACGUAUCGGUUUCCGCCCGCCAAACUACUCUUCCGGGUUAAUCACGUGACGUAAUCACUCGAGCGAAGAAAUUUAUCGCGCUUUAACGACCAGAGUUUUGCGGAAGCUCGCUCGAUUCUUGCGAAAGGCGAGGAUCGCCUUUCGAUCAUUUCCAAGGGAGAAAUCUGUUUUUAAGCUUUAAAGAUAUCUAUAUCUGCCACAUUUCAAGUAUGUAUCCGUGAUAGGAAAUGUGGACUGCGUGAUUACGCAAGAUGCGGAGCUAAUCUCGAUCAAAAGCGAGAAACUAAAUUCUAUUCUCAUUAGCUAAUCACGCUGGUGCGACUAGCUUUCUGAUUUCAUACAUCGCUUGCACUUAUUCGCUCUUUUCACGUAAUUACUCCCAUUUAUAAAGCCGUACGCGUAGAUACAUCCGACCUCUCCUCGAUUCAUUUGCAUUGCGUCGAAUGGGGAAUAAAAUUUACGCGCGAUGUCGCAACAGUUUGUCAAAGAUUUUACGUUACUUAUUUUAAUAGAAAAAUUAGAGCAAAAGGAUUGACAAAUUAAAGUCUUCAGAUCGUCGCUUUUAUAGGUGCAUCCGAGAAAAAUUGAUAAAAAUAUAGGAAAAGGGAACACGUGGUCUUCUCCAAGAUUAAUUCGAUCAAUCGCGAUAAGAUAAGAAGCGAUCGUUGUCUCACCGAUAGCUCCGCCCAUCAUGGGGCGACUUUUCAAUGAAUCGCCGCGAUACGCGGACGUGCGUAAUGUUCGACAAAAGCGCGUAACGCACGUCGCGCGUGGUUAUAAAUAAAUCGCGCAUUUCUUCGUCGCUUCGUGCAGCACAUCGUCUCAAUGAAAAUGGAAAAUAUUCUCAAGGGAAACAAUCUUUUAAUGUCUUUUAUCGUCAUAUUUUCUAGAAGGCUAUUUAUUAAUAUUUUUUAUAAUAGUAUUUUUUUAAAUUAGAUUCCUGUCAUUUUUAUUAUCGCGAAAUUCUAGGAAGCGCUUUUCCGAUAUCUCACAACGUUUUCCCCGAGAUUUUUCACUCUUUGUCGCGCUGCUUCUCGUUAGUUAGCACUCGCGAGUCGUCUCGAGACCCGACCUGACCGCGAUGGCGAUCGCGGAGAACGCAAAUACACGUCCAGGUGUCGGGCGUACGCGAUCCGCGAGCGAUUAUGCACCGUGCUAGGUGCGACUAUUUUCGCAUCGUUGAAAAUAGGCGAGCCGCCUGUCGCGCAGGACAAAAUCGCGAUCUCCGAUAUUGAAUUUAGCCGGGAUCGUCUCGCGAGAGCUGCGACAAUUUCGACAAUUUCAACAUGUCGCGAUUGUUUCGGCUAUUUUCGUGCAAAUCUUGAUAUAAUUCAAUCGCCUCUUGACACGCUUUACGUCGUGUUUUUUUCGCAUUUCACCAGACGAAACAAAUACACCAGACGUGACAAAUACAUCUCAACGGGAAAAAUAUUCACAAAAGGUACAUCCAGAUUUAUACAGAGAGAAUAUCGGAGAUAUUCGAGAUGUAACUUCACAUAUAUAUAUUACUGAAUAUUUUGAAAUUCUCGAAUUCUGAGCAGGAUUAAUUAGAAGCGCGAUUACGAAGCGUCUAGCGAGUUUAAUCAGCUGGAUCCGAAUAUCCACUUUGAGAAUCAGCUUCAAUUAAAACGAUCUCAUUAUCCGACAUUUACAGAUUAUAAGUCACCACAUCGUUAUGUCAUAAAGAGAGAAUACACACACACACAAAUAUAUGUACAGAAUUAAAUGAUCAAUUACACUAAUUGUUCCCAUCUACCAUUUAUACAUCGAAUCCACAUUUUGUUAGUCUAGCUAACCAGCUAUAACUUGAUUAAUAAUAUUUGAUAUAUUUCCAUAAUAUUUAAAUAUACAUCAAUUUGUCGAAUGAAAUCUAGUGACACAAAAUUACCAUACAACUGCAUAACGCUGCUAAAUCUUGCGAACGUGACGUCACCUGUCGACUGAUAAUUGAUCGCGCUUAAUUAAAUCGCUGAAAAAUUCACACCCAGGCGCGGCCAGAGAUUCGCGGCUACAAGUAGCUAAUUGGCAUCUUCAAUCUUCGGAAUCCUCACGGUAGCCCCACGCAACCUCCCCUUAUCGCGCCCUUUAGGAGGGUGAGCUAAUCGCCCGCCAGCUUCGAUUCCAGUUUCGCGUAAUUCGCGAGUCGUUCCCAAGGAUCACGUGCCACGAAUUGUUUUCCUCACGUUUAGCGGAUCCAGCGGGAAGAAGGUCGCCAGGCUUGGAGACGACGACCCGAGUGUGCCCUCUUAUCGGGGAUUAGGACGAGAUGAACAGUGACAAUCGCGAGCGAGAUCGUAGAAGGAUCCUGCCGAGUCCUCGCGGCGAGUUCUCGUAUCGGUGCAACGGGAAACUGCGCCCCCGCGGUUUCCCUCGUUGAAAAUUACUCGGACUCGGCUGUUACUCCUGUGAGUGAGUGUAAACCGCGCUGCCGAGGAACAUGAGACACAAAGGCGGAAAGGGCAGUUAGUUUAGUGUAAAAGCAGCGGCCGAGGGGGAAGAGGCAUCAUGUCUGCCGUCGAUUCGCAGCGCAGAAUUCCUCGCGUUCCGUGAAACGCGCAGCUCGGUCUUUGAAUUACAACCGGAGGAAUUGCACCGUUCCUCCAAGGCUGACGUCCAGGCGCCAACUCGGAGCGACCUUGACAAUCUUGCGGCGAUCGAGGAGAUCCCCGAGAUAAUCUGUUCGAUUAACUGACGACUCGAUAGAGACUGCUCUCUCGUCGAUCAUCAAUCUCUCGCCGACUCCCUCGGCAUCCAAGAGAGGGGAUCCGCAAGAUUCUAGAUAUCCGACAGGGGCCUGAAAAAUCGACCACCUGUGCCGGCAGAUCCUCUCGUCGUCGGUGGAGCUGCACGACGCGUAUACCGUUGAUGACGUUACCGUUGUUACGUCACGGUAACGGUAACCCGCGUACGAGCGGCGACCUAGUCAGCCUUCAUCGUCGGGAUUCGGAGCGUCUCGCGCGCUUCGAGGGAUUUAAGAGUGAAACUGUGUGAUACACGAUAUCCGGCCCCGGCGUUUUUCCCUUCUUCUCCCCCUUUUUUUUUCCUCCGCCGCGUCUACUUUUGAGUUUCGCGAAGGGUCGCCAUCCUCUCUCUUUUGGUCUCUCUUUCUUCUGUCUCUUCUCACUUGUAUGAUCGCCGCGGUUCUCGUUUCUCUCUCUUCUUCCGCGAUCCCGAGGUGAAGCCGCGCGCGAAAGAGGAGAGAAGAGCGCGAGUGAAAGUGAAUCUCGUUACGAUCUUCUCACGAGAGAUCUUCAUCGAUCGCUCAUUGUAUUAUGUGUGAUUAUACGUUGGUGAAGCGUUCAGAUUAGCUCGAUAACGAUGAUCCGUGUGUACGGAGCCACCGACAGCAGCAGCAGCAGCUGAAGUCAUCGGUAGUCGCAAACAGGCGGAAAUUCCGCAACCAGGGGAUUCAGAGGGGAGAGAAGAAGAGGAAGAGCUACCAGCUGGCGCUCGCGUUGAUGGCCGAUCAUCGACGAACCAAAAAUGAAUUAUGACCCUUCCGAGCAGCCCGUGUGAGAUAGACAACAUGAGCUUGUUUCAAGAUCUCAAGUUGAAAAGGAGAAAGGUCGACUCCCGAUGUAGUAGCGACGACUCCCCGGUAUCCCUCGGAUCAGCAGGCUCGCCGCAGGGGAACCAGCCGGCGGACGCACCUUCACCCAUAAACUUUCCUGCUCCAGGGGAGAGCAUGGCCGACACCUCGACCCUGUCGCCGGAGGCAAACAUGCCGGGCUCGCCGGGCUGCCCCGUGGUCAGAGUGACGAGCGAGUACCUGCUGGGCAGUCCGAGUCCAGGGACGCCGAGAGACUCUCUUCGUGGGUCCGGUGGAGGCGGCAGCGGCGGCGGCGGCGAUGGCGGAAGCGGAAGAGGAAGCGGACAGGAGGGUCGCGACGCGACGUGCUCGGACCGCGCGUCGCCCGACUCGGUCUUCCCGGAUGCCGGUCCGAUGGUGAGUUUCAGGGUCGCCGACGAACAGCAGCAGCAUCACCAGCAAUCGCAGCAGCAGCACCAGCAGCAACGCUCCGCUACCCCCGCGCCUACCAGAUCGUCGUCCUACUCGCCGGUCCAGGCGGUCUCGUCGACCCCGAUUGCCCAGGAGGCCUCCUCGAGGAGCGACAGCCCGGACAAGGGCGACUUGUCGUCCGUCCAGACCAAGGAAGAAUCCGACAACUCGGUCUUCGACGGAGGCGGAGGUGGUAGUGGCGGCGGGGGCGGUCGCUCGGAAGCUUCCAGUCAGGCAAGUCACCGGAAUAGUCCAUCGUCUCAAUUCAAUCCCAAUCAGAGUAUCAGUCCCGGAACGAUCGGGUCCGCUGGACCGCACGGAUCCGCGCAACAGCAGCAGCAGCAGCAGCAAUCACCGCAGACUCCGCCGACGCCGCCGAGGCCGCGCGCGCCCUCGGUACCGCCGCACCUGCUGGCGGCUCAUCAUCAGUUUUGGUCACAAAACACCACCGGCGUACAGGGAUUCGCCACGCAGAGGCUACUCAACGGUGUCAUCAGCAGUGCCGUGAGCUACGGACAAAACGCUACUACCGUCUCCACCAACUCCGGCGGCGGUACCAGCACCAGCUGUGCCACUACUACAGCGACUUCGUGCGAAGGAAUGAAACCACCGGCGCAGAGAGCAGCGCCAGCACCACCGCGACCCCCGCCCACGGUUUUAAUGGGCGAAAUCGGCGGUGUCCGUACGAUGAUAUGGUCGGCGCCCCCGUGCGACCCGGUACCGCCGCCGGCGGCAUCCUGGACGGCCACAGCGGCAGCGGUCGCCUCGUGUUCCUCGUCGGAAGAGUCGGCCGCCCACCUGCUGCUGAAUCUCGGCCAGGAGUCCCGGGGUAAACCACCUUCCUCCACCUCCACCGCGGUGUCGUACUCGUCCGCCGCCGCCGGGCCACCUCUUAACAUGGAGAGGCUAUGGGCCGGCGAUUUGACGCAACUACCGGCCGCGCAACAGAUGCAGGCGUUGAAUCUCACGGCUUCCGGUUCCGCCACCCAGCCGUGGGUGAGCAACGGUGGCACGAUCGUAAAAUCCGAAGCAGCCUCGCAAUCCAUAUCAUUUGCGCCCCCGGCGCCCCCCUUACCGCCCCAGGAACACGAAGAGGACGAGACGCCCAUGAUAUGCAUGAUCUGCGAGGACAAGGCGACCGGCCUGCACUACGGUAUCAUCACGUGCGAGGGAUGCAAAGGCUUUUUCAAGAGAACGGUACAAAAUAGGCGAGUUUAUACGUGUGUAGCAGAAGGUGGCUGCGAAAUCACGAAAGCGCAGAGAAACAGAUGUCAAUACUGCCGAUUUAAAAAGUGCAUUGAACAGGGUAUGGUUCUGCAAGCGGUUCGAGAAGACCGGAUGCCUGGAGGAAGGAAUUCUGGUGCAGUGUACAAUCUUUACAAGGUGAAAUACAAAAAGCACAAGAAGAGCAACAAAGGGGGUGGCAGCAUGAGUGGCGGUAGUAAUGUCGGUGGUGUAAACGGCUCGGGAUCCCUCGGCGGCACCAAGAGCGCCAUAGGUACGACGAUGUUAGACAAGCACAUGGCCGCGGCAGCAGCCGCUCAUCACAGCCAGCAGCAGCAGCAGCAGCAUGCUCAGCUGGCCGGUAGUUUUCUUCAUCAUCACAAAAUCUCGUCAGGCGAUCCACUCAGUUCGCCACCCACCCCAAGUCACCCGAGCCACCCCGCGCACUCGGGCCACCUCGUCAACGGGACAAUCCUGAAGACGGCACUCACCAAUCCUUCCGAAGUGGUGCAUUUACGGCAAAGGCUAGACAAUGCGGUAAGCAGUUCGAGGGAUCGAGUCUUUCCUCUGGAUGCAACCCUAACUAUGAUCCAAACCCUUAUAGACUGCGAUGAGUUCCAAGAUAUCGCUACAUUGAGAAACUUGGACGAGCUGCUGGACCAUAAUUCAGAUUUAAGUGAGAAGCUGUGUCAGAUAGGAGACAGCAUAGUGUACAAGUUGGUGCAGUGGACCAAAAGGUUACCGUUUUACCUUGAGCUGCCGGUCGAAGUUCAUACAAGGUUGCUCACCCAUAAGUGGCAUGAACUUCUUGUGCUGACCACUUCUGCUUACCAAGCGAUGCACGGUCAGCAUGGGUUAACUAAUGUCGGUUCUGAUGGGACGGGCGCAGAUUUUAUGCAAGAAGUAACGAACAACAUGUAUACGUUGCAAACGUGCCUAACUAGCAUGAUGGGUCGGCCGAUAACCAUGGACCAAUUGCGGCAAGACGUAGGGCUCAUGGUAGAAAAAAUCACGUACGUCACGCUAAUGUUCAGGCGGGUGAGGCUACGGAUGGAGGAAUAUGUCUGUCUAAAAGUAAUCACUAUGCUCUCACAAGAUGCGAAAUCACGAGGAGGUACACUGGAAUUAGAACAGAUACAAGAACGAUACAUGAGCUGUCUGCGAAGUUUUGUUGAGCACAGCGCACCCCAGCAGCCAAGUCGAUUUCAUGAUCUUCUCGUUAGGUUGCCUGAAGUACAAUCGGCGGCGGCUUUACUACUCGAGAGUAAAAUGUUUUACGUUCCUUUCCUAUUGAACUCAGCAAUUCAAAGAUAGUAAAUAAACAAAAUGACGCUAAACGAAGCUGAAUACCUAUAUACAUACUAUACAUAUGUAAUAAAUAUAUACACACAAAAAAGCAAAAGAACCGAACAAACAGACAACCAGCAACAAACGAAUAGAAAAACAGAAAGAAAAAAGCCCAACGAGAAUAAGAAGACUCGAAUCGAAUGGGGAAAAGCUUUGUUUGUGUAUGUAUAAUAAAUAUAUAUAAAAGUAUAUAAUAUACAUAUAAAUAAUAUAAAUGUGUGUGUUCGUUGCGUUGUACAAACGAAGGAGGGUGAAUAAGGAAGAGAAAUCGUUCAAACGAAAUGGAACGAAAAGAACAGUGGACGAUAGAAAGUAAUUACGUCGGGAACGAAAAAGAGAAGGAGGAUUUAAAUAAAAUAUUAAAGAAAGAAUAUAUAAGAGUUAGAGAGAAAGAGAGAGAGCGAGAGAGGGAGAGAAAGGGAGAGAGAGAAAGAAAGCGCGCCACCUCGAGAUGGGUAAAUCAAUCGAGGAGGGAACUGAACUUUUUUAUCGAAACUAAAAGACUAUAAUAUAAUAUAUUUCUGUACGCAAACACGUACCGCGCAACUACGUCAUUGUGUGUUCACAUUGCAUAAUCUGAUCGAUAAAAUAAGACUCUCGUUACGUACCGCUCACCGUAGGCCACCUACUAUCAUUACUAUUACUAUUGCUACUAUUACCGCCACUUUCUACUACUACCGCUCUCAAAGCUAAAAGAAAAAAAACAGCAGCAGAUACCACGAAAUGACUGAAUGAAGGAUCAAUAGUUUGGAUCGAUCGACUGGCCGAUGACGACGCCUUAUUGUCAUUUCAGCUCGACGUGGAAUCAUCGAGCUACAAACAUAUUAACACACAUUUACAUACAUAUACACACACACAUACAUAUUUUUUAAAUACCUCGCCACGACGUAUCGAUGUGAUCUUCUCCUCGCAACUAUCGCCAUCAACGUACGUAAAGGAUGUAAUGCUGCAAUUACUUUCUUCUCCCGUUAUCAUUGCACCUGCAUCUUCGACAGGAAUACGUUAUAAGUCUUCAGAAUAUGGAUCACGUAAUUCUAUCCAUCGGAAGAAAGAUAACAACAGUGUAACUUUUCACAUUCAUCGAAAAUGGAAUUGUUUUUGGCGCAAACUAUAGCUGUAUAUCUAAAAACCAAGAGCGAAAAGUGGAAAGAUUCACUGAUUAAUAUGCAGAUAACGUGAUCACGAGAGGAAAAGCCACAAAAAACGAAACUAUACGUAAAAACUUCGUAUAAACUCGAUGUUUCACGUUCACCACACAUGCAUCCGGAUGCGAGUAUUUAUUAUGUAUGUAUUCCACAAUCGAAUCAACAUCGAGUCAUCAUCAUCGUCGUUGUCGUCGUCGUCGUUGUCGUCGUCGUCGCCAUUUAACACUCCGAAGCAUGGUCCAAGCGCGCAACGCAAAAGACUCUCUUUACUCUUCUAUAGUAUUGGUUCGUUCAUUUUUUAUGCAACUUUUACACGCGCAUUAAUCAUUAAUCUUAGAGUUUUCCGCUUGCGUCGCGCGUUCUUCGGACGAUCUCCGAUCUUCCAUUUGUAAUUUUUAAAGGCCGUUUGCGCUAACUUUCUACUUGUAUUAUCACUUGUAAGGUAAAGUGAUUCUUAUGAUUGAAGUUCGAGUCUUUUAAUUAAGAUUUAUAGAAAUAAUUUGUAAAUUAAAUUUUGAAUAUUGGCUGACUAGAGUAUUACUAGUA